CCUAAUUGCUGCCUCUUACGCGAACUAUAUGGCGACAUGGAGAAAACGCGUGUUUUGUUGCUGCUACAGAUUAAGUGGUUUUUCGAUGAGUUGUGGGUCCCUGCUUUUCCAUAUCCACCCAACGUUGUCUCGUCCGUCCCUUCCACCUCGAUGCUGGAACGAAAGCGUUAACAUUAUUCCUUUAGAUUGCGGCUAGGAGGAGCUAGUCGCAGCCGUGAUAUGUCUCUGGAACCGCAGAAUGUUGAGCAAACAGCCGUGGCUCAUGAAUCAGAUCCGUUAUCUCCAGCAUUGGAGGAAACUGCAGAGAACACCAUCUCCUCGGAUCAGGAAUCGAGCCACGCGACGUUCCACAUCCGUCGAAGAGAAGAAAUCGGUAUGACGACGCGCACACCAAUCAGGAAGUCUCAUAGACGGUCGCGAUCCUGUCCUGGAGCUCCCAUGAAGCUGGCUAGUCCCACCGGCCGACGGGGUUGCAUGUCGCCAAGAGUGAGAAGAGUCCUGAUCAAGUUUCAAACAGCUGAGACCAGAGAAUCAACCAUUGCUAAGAAAUUGUCGGAAUUAGCAGUUGACGUGCAGGGUCAUAAUCAAGCUGACAUUGACCAAGGACCUCCCAGCUGAGCAUUGGAAAAUCCAUGGUUUGUUCCUAAGCGUCUCUUGCGUGACCUGGCAAACACGUCUCAUCGCCACUGAAGGGACCGUCACUUCCUGCUUUCUAUCUGACAGGUUCCUUCACCUUGAUGCCAAUAAGUUCAGGACAUAAGAGUCUUCAAAGGAGGACUUAACAUAUAUAUUUGUAUAUGUUUUUAGGCUAUCUAGGAGCAUACCAUAGAGAGUACUGUUAAAGACUAGGUUAGGAGGAACGGAAGGAAAGGAAGCCAUGGAAUGGCGUGAGGGUUUAGGAGCUAGGAGAGAAGUUGACGAGAGAAAAGAGAGUGAGGACUAGAAGAGAGGGAUAUGAGGGGUGUUGCACCCUCUACAGUGAAGUUCAGUAAUGCCAAC